AUGGUAAGACGGCCACCAUUGCUGUUAUUGUCGGUAGCAGUAUUGGCCACUGUAGACGGACAACUGGUGCCUUAUGUACCGGACAGGCCACAUCGAUUGACCAUGACCGCGAUGGUUGCAUACGUCAAUAAGACAUUCGGUCCUACGCAGCGAUGUCUAAAAGUUAUGACCGACGACACCGCAGUAGCGGCUGCAAUAUUGGCCAUGCUGUACGAUCGUGUCACCGCCACUAGGACGGUUGAACUGCUAGAUGAAUUGUCAGGACCGGAUGACCGAACUUCGUACUGCGCGGCCUACGUGGUUAUCGGCUGUCAGCUGACAACCAUUGACAGGUAUUUGGAAAGAUUCAAAAACAGUGCAGCCCAAAGAAUGUUAAUAGUAGUCGUCCAGAGCAGGAAAUACAUUAAACCAUUCUUAAAAGUAAGAUUGCUGUAUAAUAAAUAUACUAUAUUUUAG